AUGGCAUCAUCUGUAGUCCAGGGGGCAGGAUUCGACGAGAACCGUUUCGAUGGUCCUGUAAGCGAUAACUUCAAAUGCACGAUAUGUUUUAACGUCCUCAACGACCCGAAGAGCUGUCAGAAGAACCAACAUUACUUUUGCAACGCGUGUAUCCAUCAAUACGUUCAAGAUUACUCCCAGACUUGUCCUGAAUGUCGACAGGAAUUGACGGUGGAAACGUUGGUCACACCUCCCAGGAUUUUGUUGAAUUGUAUUUCAGAACUUCGCAUCAAGUGUGAUCACGUCAAACGAGGUUGUGCCGACCGAAUUCAACUUGGAAAACUUAAAAAUCAUCUCGAAGAAUGUGGUUUUGCUCCGGUUACGUGUGCGAAUGAUGGUUGCGACGCGGUUGUCAACAAACGAGACAGAAUUCACCACGAGACUGAACUAUGCGAGUUUCGCAGAGUGCAAUGUCAUAAUUGCGAAGAAUUGAGAAAUGAGGUGUCGAGAUUGAGCGAGAAUUUGAGUAAAACUACUGCUGAAAGGCAAGCAAAGUUGGAGGGAAAGCUAGAUCAGGUCACAACACGGCUUCAGAAUAUCGAAGGGAGUGUGUACGCGUUCAAUAUCGCACAGAGCAGUGAAAAUGCGAGACUUGUUCAGGAAAUUUUCGAGAUCAAGGAUGUUAUGAACGAUAUGUUAUAUAAACUGAGCAAUAUCAACAAUGUUGUCUGCCAAAUCCAAGCCUCGGAAAAGCAGAAGAAGCAAAAAAAUGAUGAAGAAGACGCACAGGUCGAGGACAUGACUGUUACAACACUGAAGCAACGGUGGAACGAGCCUAAAGAAGAGAAGAAAGUGGUUGAAAAGAAAACACAAGAAUUAAGAAGUAAUGAUACCUGUAAUGAGUACAAAUCUCUUGGUGAAAGCUCUGAGGGCACUACCAAGGAAAGCAUGAAGCCUCCUCUUUAUCCUAAAAUGCAGGAGUUUUGUGAAAGGGAAUCUCUGUCUGAGAACGAUGAAUCAGAUGGCGAAUCUUCGUCUGUCAAAUGUGACGAAUCUUUGACUGCUUCAGGCAGAACCGCGUACAAUAAAGAAGAAAAAACGUUGAUGGAAAACAAAACAGAUGACAGUGAUGAUCGGCAGGGUUCAACCGACACCGGAGCAAUGCAUUCCAACAAUAUAGGAUGCCAACAAAAUCCGGAGGAUUAUAUUUUAGAAGAUUUCAACCCGAAUCACUUCGCUUGUUUCGAGGGAAGCUCAACUCCUAGGAAAGGCUCGCUAUCCGCACCGCCUAGCAAUGGUGAAGGGGUUAAAUUAGGCACAAAAGUGCUGGUUUGGCUCAAAAAAGGCUAUAGAUCCACUGGAAUAGUUCGAUAUGUUGGAACUUUACCUCCGCCAAUAUCGAAGAUUUGCGUUGGAGUAGAACUCUUUUUUGGAGGUACUUUCUAG